UUAAGUAGAUGGAAACCGGAUCCUAGAGAAGCGGAUAUAUGCAUCGCUUCGCUUGCGAAGAAUAGGCUAAACAAACGGGUGUGUAGAUUUCUACCAAUGUGUUACAACAUGUUGGUCAACGGAACAAACUUUGGAUAUUCUCUUACUCACAGGUUGCUUUGGCUGAUACAAGCUCAUCGCGGACGAGGUUGCAGAAUAUUCUCUACAAGAGAAGACAAGGAACUAAUCGAUAUGUUCUGCACAAAAAUAUUUCGUGAAGCGAAUUACAUAGCAGCGAACAACUUCAAAAUAUUAGACUUGUUGUUGGAGCAAAUGACCCUGUGUUCACUCUCUGGUUAUCCCGAUACUCUACGUCGUACAUGGAUAGCAAAAGCGCUCAAACAUCAGACAUCAUUGGGUUGUUUUACACUCAAAUUGCCAGCGCAGACGUCAAGUAAAUAUUCCUACAAAGGUACUGAUAAAUGGGCAAUUUCGGCACCCACAGUGAACAUGGUGGGCGGAGCCUGCGAUCGACAUCUCACUGCUGUUGCCUCGGGAGCAAUAUCUGCAGCAGUCAGAUAUAUUUUGGAGCAGAAAUAUUCCAAUAAAUAAAAAUACGAUUGAAAGGAAAUGUGAACAUUUUGAUAAUACGGAUUUGUUGUUUUCUUGUGAAAAGAAAAUGCUUG